AUGGCGAACCAAAAGCGUCACCGUGAACUAGCUCGUUUAAAUUCCGAUUUAACCGAUAAAAUGAUAUCACCACCAGGUCCGGGUCCACGUCGUUGUACUGCUAAUAUCAGACGAUCAUCGGUAUCAUCAUCCACGUCAUCUACCAUUUCGACGUCCAGAAAAGAACCAGCAAUGUCAUCAACACCGACAUUACCAAUUUCUAAUAAAUUAAAACUUCGCCCAGUAGUGGUGCUAUCAGAUAUAGUUAAGACCGGUGGGCUGACCACGCACCAGAUAGCUUCCUUAACCAACCAGACGUUUGAGAAAACCAACAAGCUCCUGACCACGGCGUUGAGAGCCUCCAAGCCGUGUGUGACCUCUCCAGAGUCUUCAGAAGGCGAAUCGAGUGAUCCGAGCUUUUUUUCUGGUAAGAAGCGGACCAAGAGAUCUAUUUCUUCUGACGGUCCGAUCCGUAAGAGCCGAAAAAAAUCAAGGGGCUACCACUCUGACACUAAAACGAUAAAAAAAGUCUUCAAUGGCCUUCUUUCGAGCUCCCAAGGCGCUUUGGCCGACAAAUAUUUGCCGGCAAAUAUUUCCAAGAAAAUUGAAGCCGAUUCUGAUGGAUUAGAGGAUUAUAAUGUUUUUGCUGGCGAGACCACUGUUAUGAAAAGAUUUCUGGAGUCUAAAAAUCGGCAAAAAGAAAACGAUAAUCUUAAAAUCAAUGAGGUUCCUGUAAAUUGUCUUCCUGAGGCUCCUAUAAAUUGUCUUCCUGAUCCUCCAGAACAGGCGAAUAAAAAUUCUAUUUCUUCAUUGAAAAAUUACCGAAUUCCAAAAAAAAAGAAUGAAGAAAUUGAUAAAGAAAAUUUGAUUGAUAAUAAUAAUAUCAAUGUGGUCAGUGAUGAUAAUAAUAAUAAAGAAGAUUUGGAGCAAAAUGAAAAUACCAGUAAAAAAAAUUGCCAAUUGUCGACUGAUAAUAAUUCAGAUCAAGGAUCGACAUUGUCCAAUUGGAGUGGAAAAAAUCGGUUGAGAAAAAGCUUUCCGAUUGAUUACAGCGAGUCGAGUUACGAUGAAAUCGUUCAACAGGUGACUUGUAAUAAAUUUGUAAGAAGUAAUUCACGUGACUCGUCGGCUGGAGUCAGUAACAUUAAUAAAAAAGAGAGAGCCAAGGAAAAAACUGAGACGUCUGCGGAAUAUGUUUUGACGGAAAUUGGGUUUGUACCUAAUGUUGAUAAAUUGUCAAAGGUUCAUAAGAAUAGCGGUGGAGAUGCGGAAAAAUCCGUUGAGGUUAGUCAAAAAUCGGAAGAAUUUAUAGAAGAAACAAAAAAAUCAACAGAAUCUAUUAAACAAGGUGAAAAUAAAGAAGAUAAAAUUAAAAAAUCGGUAGAGCUUAUCAGUAAAGAAGGUAAAAAAUCUGAAAAAUCAACAAAGGUCGAUAAAAAAUCGGAAGAAUUUAUUGAAGAAAAUGAAAGAGGGCCAGAAAAAAAAGAUAAUGUACAUAAAUCGGUUAAAGUCGGUAAAGAUGAAGAAAUACCGAUUCAAUUGGAGAUAGCCAUGAAAAGUGAAAUUUCGGAUGCAAGUCAAAAGCGGGUGGUAAUUGACACAAGAACGUUUGUUCAUACCGAUCUUGAUGAUGGCAAGAGGUAUAAGUAUACGAUCAAUACGUUAGCGUUCAGCAGUGUCGACGCAUCGACGAUGAUGCAACAAAAAAAGACGAUUAGUAGGCGUAAGAGAGGCCUAGGCUCCAGGUCUCCGUCUCCCGAGCCACCGGUCAAGAUCAAGAGGGGACCCGGCAGACCCAAAUCAGCAGAAGGAAAUAAAAAGCCUAAGCCGAAAGAAAAAAGAGAGCGCAAGAAGAAAGAACCUGCGGUCAAGAAAGUUUGCGAGGAGUCGGAUUGCAAGAAGGGCAAGUGUCGGUGUAAGCUCGACUCUUCUUGUCAGAAGCUCCCGUCUAUGCCGAAUUUUGAUUAUGGUGAAGAGGAUGCCAGAGGGGAGAGGCUCAGCGAUCAGCUUAUCCAGAGAAUUUUACUUCUUCGUGAACAAGGCAAUCCGAACGUUGAAGCUGAAUUAGAUUCAGCGUUAUCAAUUGCAUGUCCGGUGAACUGGAACCGACAGCAGUUAAAGAAACUUCUCAACGCUUUUCUAAUUAAGCCAGCUCGACAUCCUGCGCCCUCUGUCUCAGCACCUGAAGCAACUUCUGUCAAGCCAUCAGAGACAUCUACUUCGAAGACUCAACGUCGAACUAUGGUGAUAGAUUUACCAGAAAACAGCGGAAUUCGCAGCACUCGCCCUUCAAAACCGCGGACCAAGUUCGUGGAUGAUCCAGAGUGGAAGAAAGUCGCUGAUAGUCUCCGUAACGUGUCAAAAAUCCCCGAAAUUGGGGCCUUAAUGGACCCCAAAGUUCCGGAAUUGCACCAGAAAACGCAGCCAGCACCGCCUGUAAGAAAAAGAAAGCACUCGCCGAUAAAAAUCCCCGAGGUGGGAGAAAAAAAAGAAGAAAAGACUAAGCUCAAGGUUAUUUCUAGUGUGCCCACCAAGUACUCGAUUCAGAAAAUCGUCAGGCCAAAUAAUGUCUGGGAAAUUCCUGAGACUUUAAAAGUCAAGGAUGAGAAGCCUAAGGCUCCUCCAACUACGGAUCUACGAGACAGAUUGGUGAAGAAGCCCAGGGAAAGGCGGAGGUGGCGAGAUGACAGUUCUGAGUCGUCUGAUAGUAAUUAUUCUGGAGUGUUUCUAGUUGGGGAUAAAGACCAAUCUGAUGAGAAACUCGCUGACCAAGUUGGGUCUGAUUGCGUUGACAAAGUUACCGCUUGGCUUGGGCUUGGAAAUGAUGACACUCAAAAUAUUGAUUGUAAGGUCAAAAAUGGUGGUAGAAUCAGCAGGGUUCAGAGUUGUUAUAACGCCCAAAAUUAUAGUGAUGAAAAUAAGACCCAAAAUGAAAUUGAAGCAAACAAAGUUGAAAAUAAAAUUAAUUUGGAUAAACAACAUAAUGAAAUUUCUUCAACUGAGUCCCAAAAUCAAGACAAGGCCCAAAAUAAAAAUGAAAUUGACAAUUGUAAAGAUCUAAAUCAAAAGAAUUUAAAUAAGGCCCAAAUUGAAUCACAUGAAUUAUCUUUAAAAACUCAAAAUUCAAGCAAUUUAGACGGUCAUAAAAGUGACGAUACAGUAUUGUUGACAUCAAUUGAAAAAAAUGGCAACGAAAGUGAUAAAAAUGGAGAUAGCGAGGAUGAUGAUGAUGAUGAUGAUGAUGACGAUGAUAGCAGUAGUACUAAAAGUAAAAGUAGCGUAAGUAGUAGUUCUAGUAGUUCUAGCUCGAGUUCUAGCAGUUCUAGCUCCUCCUCGGGAUUCGUUGACGAGUCCCAGUCCCAGUCCCAGUCCAAGAGCAGGUCUGAAUUAGCUGGUCCUGGCCUCGUUCAGGAGGAGAAGGUCGAUCUCGAGAAUGAUUUGAGAUUGAAUAGCGAUGAUGAUGAUGAUGAUGAUGAUGAUGAUGAUAAUGCGAAGCCUGGUGGUGAUAGUAACGACGAUCAGGAUGAGAGUUUCAAGUUGCGGGUCGAGGAUCAGGAGAUAGAGGUUGAGGGUGGGGAGGGAAAUUCACAGAGUGCUAAAAAGAACGAUAAUAAUGAUGAUGAUGAUGAUGAUGAUGAGGAUUUUCUGGAAUUGAUGGUCAAGGAGGAUGAAUUUCCUGAUAGUGUGGAACCUGAAGUAGUAGCGAAACAAAAAAGUCCAACCUUGGACCGGUACCAAGGAAUGGAAUCGACUAAUUUUGAAAAUUUCAUUAACCAGAACAACAAUGAAUUUGAAUCAACGUACAAUUCCGUCGAUUAUAGCAAUAAAACAUACAACGAUAGCAAUAAAAAGAGCAGAAACAAUAAUUUUAGGAACAACAACCAGCAGCAGCCAUCAAAUCAACGAAGAACUAGAUGGGACGUUGGUGCUUCCAAUGAUCCCCAACCAAGCACCAGCUCUAAUAAUACUAAUCCGAAUAAUAUAUUAAGGGGUACUAACAAUUUUAAUAUUAAUCACAGUGUAAAUAGUUAUAGUGGGUACAACGGUUUCAAUUGUGCGAGUAUCAGCAACCCGAAACUCCAGCCAAUUAACGGGAACAUUCCUCCUGUCCGGAAAGUCUAUGAUCCUCAAGUCGACGGGGAUUGCUCGGUUACUGAGGUAAAGUUGCAGUUCAAGCAUUUGUGUCAUUGUCAGCUCAAGUAUGGCAAUUGCGGUAGACUACGUGCUGGUAAUUGUCAGUACAAUCAUACUAUUCCGAACAAAUUAAUCUACAUCUACAUGGAAAGCGAGCAAGAGAUUAAGCAGAUCCUAGAUCACGCGAUCUCAAAUGGGUUCCUCGGUUACCUAGCAUCAGUCUUUGAAAAAUCAAUAACUAAAUUCGACGGCAACUCAAUCCUUCUGGUCCUCAAAAAUAUCCUCUCUCUCUUGCCAACAGAGCAAGUCCGAUUCUACCUUGACGCGAGCAUCAGAGUCCUCUUGCAAAAGAACAAAACUCUAGCUUUCAUCGCGAACAACCUCGCUGAGCAGGUGGUCCAGAUUCUGAUCCAAUAUCCGCGACUAGAAACUCUACCAACACUCGUCAUGGACGCCAUCUCUGAGAAAAUAUCCCGUGGCGCUUACUGGGACACUUUGAAAAAAUUCUUCACGCUAAUGCCUCGCGUAGAGCCCGCUCGAGUCGCGAUUGUCCUCCAGGAGUCGCUUGAUUUUAAAAAAUCUCUGGUUCAUAAUUCGGAAGUUAAUCAAAUGAUCCUCGAUAUGUUCGACUCUGUCCGUGACGAGAUCGAUCAGACACUCCUGGCGGACUUUAAUAAUAAUUUUGAGGACCAGCAGAGACAGCACAACGCUGAGAUUGCCUCGCCUUCGCCGGAUCGAAGGGACAAUUCGCCUCCGAGAGUUUCUUUAGGGCCUCCCCUAAUAAGGUUGGUACUGCCGGCUCAGGAUGAUCUUUUGCCUCCUGGGGUCGUUUUUGAAGCGCCAAGGAGAAUUGAGGAACGCCCUAGCCCUGUUGGUGAAAGCUCCACCGAAAGAUUGGACUUACAGACUAUUGACAGAGUUCCACCACCUGAAUCUGUGUACAGAAACGAGGUAAAGGAGUUCCACAGGGACAUAGAUGAGCUCCGGACAGCAUUACUCACAAAAAAUUACCCCAAGAUAAUAAUAAUCCUCAAUAAAUACAAAAUGGCGCAGAGUAUUGAGAACGCACAGCCAUUUUCUCGGGGAUUUUAUCGAAUUUUGUGCACUGAAGUGAUGACGCCGGAGCACACUGACGCGAUUAUUGAAAGAACAGCCGGUGAAUUUAUUACAGUGACCACCGUCGAAAAUACUGCGACUAUCAGUAUUAACUACAGUCGGUAA